UAUCGGAGUACACAGUCGGAAGUUAGUUGAAUCUCAUCUGCUCCAGAGGUAGCAUCCUCUCCGGUAGGCAGUUGUUUCAGUUAACAUCGAGGAACCCGAUUUUUGUGUUUGCUGAAGUUUUUUAACAAUAUUCAGAUACACCAACCUUAGCAAUUAACUAACAAUAAGUGGCAACGAAAACUAAUAAAUUUAAUAAUCAUCGAAAUGAUGUGAAAAAAACUCUCUCUGUGAUUGUGAUAACCAAGUGAAAAUAGGACAAGUGUUUUAUGUUUGAGAUUUUAUAGGUUAUUUGUCCGUUUAUUGUUCCGUUGCAUCUGUUUGGAGGUUGAAGAUGUCAACCAACUGCGAAAUUACGAUAACCGGCCCCCAGGAGGCCAACACCAAGAGCAGCCUGAUCGUCGUCUCCAAUCGAUUGCCGUUCGUGCUGAAACGGGAUCCCAAAACAGGCCAGCUGAGCCGUCAUGCCAGCGCUGGUGGUUUGGUAACGGCGGUAGCACCGGUCGUCAUCAAGGGCAAAGGUCUCUGGGUUGGCUGGUCGGGAAUAACACUAGAUCCGGAACUAAACGAACCGAUCCCCGAGUCGGACCCAUCCGAUCGCAGCCCGACCGCUGGCCUCCUAUCAGAACAAGUCAUUCCGGUAAACGCCGAGCCAAAACUGUUCGAUAGCUAUUACAACGGAUGCUGCAAUGGAACCUUUUGGCCGCUGUUCCAUUCGAUGCCCGGAAGGGCAACAUUCUGCGCCAAAACGUGGAGCUCGUACUACGAGCUGAACAAAGAAUUUGCGGCGCGUACGAUCGAAGCGCUGGAGAGAUGCUUGAAACAAAACAGGAAUCCAGGCGUGCCAAUUGUUUGGAUUCACGACUACCAUCUCAUGCUGGCGGCCAAUUGGAUCCGUGAAGCAGCUGAGGAAAAAAAUUUACCAUGUCAUUUAUCGUUCUUCCUGCAUAUUCCAUUCCCGCCCUGGGAUAUUUUUCGUCUUUUCCCGUGGUCCGAUGAGAUCCUGCAAGGAAUGCUCGCCUGCGAUAUGGUUGGAUUCCACAUUCGGGACUAUUGUUUGAAUUUUGUAGACUGCUGCCAGAGGGAUUUGGGUUGCCGAGUCGAUCGUAAAAAUCUGCUUGUGGAACAUGGUGGUCGAUCGGUACGCAUUCGUCCGCUUCCUAUUGGGAUUCCAUACGAUCGUUUUGUAGAGCUUGCCAAUAAGGCAAAACGCGUGAUCAAAACCAACCAGAAAAUCAUCCUUGGCGUGGACCGACUAGAUUACACCAAAGGAUUGGUCAAUCGUCUGAAGGCUUUCGAGGUGCUACUGGAGAAGCACCCAGAGCACCGGGAAAAUGUCAGCCUGUUUCAAAUUUCGGUACCCUCUCGAACCGAUGUGAAAGAAUACCAGGAGCUGAAAGAGGAAAUGGAUCAGCUAGUUGGACGGAUUAAUGGUCGCUUUACGACGGCGAACUGGUCACCGAUUCGAUACAUUUAUGGGUGCGUUGGACAGGAGGAUUUGGCGGCUUUCUAUCGGGAAGCAUCUGUUUGUUUGGUUACGCCACUUCGUGAUGGCAUGAACCUGGUUGCGAAGGAGUUCGUCGCUUGUCAAAUAAACGAACCUCCGGGCGUGUUGAUCGUAUCACCUUUCGCCGGGGCUGGCGAAACUAUGCACGAAGCGUUGCUGUGCAAUCCAUACGAGAUUGAAUCCGCCGCAGAGGUGAUACACCGUGCGUUAACCAUGCCGGAGGAUGAACGUUCUUUGCGAAUGGGACGCAUGAGAAGACGUGAAAGGCAGCAGGAUGUGAACAGCUGGAUGAGACAGUUUUUGAAGGCGAUGGAUUCGCUCGAGGAGGAUGACAUCGGAACCACCACAAUGCAACCGGUAGCCGUGGAUGAUUUCGACGAUUAUUUACUGAAUUACGUUGGAUUUAAUCACAAACUCGCACUGCUACUGGAUUAUGACGGAACACUCGCUCCGAUAGCACCCCACCCGGAUUUGGCCACACUGCCUCCUGAAACCAAGAAAACUCUCCAACGACUUUCGAAUCACUCGGACGUGUACAUUGCGGUUAUCUCGGGACGUAAUGUUGAGAACGUGAAGAAAAUGGUCGGAAUCGAGGGAAUCACUUACGCUGGCAAUCACGGCCUCGAGAUUUUACAUCCAGAUGGAAGCAAAUUCAUCCACCCGAUGCCUAUUGAAUACGAAGACAAGGUUACUGGACUUUUGAAAGCUCUGCAGGAAAAUGUGUGUCAUGAUGGAGCCUGGGUAGAGAAUAAGGGAGCCUUGCUUACCUUCCACUAUCGCGAAACCCCUACCGAGCUGAGAACGGACUUGGUAGAAAAGGCCCGCCAGCUUAUCGUUCAGCAUGGCUUCAAGGCCGCAGAAGCGCACUGUGCCCUGGAAGCGAAACCACCGGUGCAAUGGAACAAGGGCCGUGCCUCGAUCUACAUCCUGAGAACGGCUUUCGGUGUUGACUGGAGCGAACGUAUCAAAAUUAUCUACGCUGGUGACGAUACGACCGAUGAGGAUGCUAUGAUGGCUCUCAAAGGCAUGGCAGCAACGUUCCGUGUUACCAAUGCUCAAAUCGUAAAAACACAAGCCGAACGGCGUCUGCCCUCGACCGAUUCCGUGCUAACGAUGCUGAAGUGGGUCGAGCGACAUUUUAUGCGCCGUAAGCCUCGCUCGAACAGUUUAUCGUACAAAAACCGCAAGAAGGACUGUGUGAAAAUGCAGCUGGCGUUCGAUCUGGUGCCCAACACGAGUCCAGCCAACAGCGCAGCGAAUAGUUCCGAUGAGCUUUGAGGCUAUGUUAGUGAAUGUUUUAUGUUUAAAUUAAUUUUAUGCCAAAACUAUAGAUUGUUGUGAAACUUGAUUUGACCGAUGGUGUUUUUUCGGCUUCCAUAAGUUGUAACACUUAGGAUAAAUUUGUUGCUGAUACGAUUAACUAAUAAAAAAAAUUUAGCUUUUAGGAACACUA